AUGGGCAAUAACAAGUCGACGACAGCGGCCCGAACGGCCAUUAACAACAAUGAAGCGGCGUCCGGUACAACCCCGCCUCACAGGCCAAAAAAGACCACGUCGAAAAAAAAUGCACAAAUACAACCCAGGUGAUUGAUAUAUUUCAUUUAUAAUUUGAAAAAAAAAUCGUGACUUUUUUCCGGCCAACCUGACCAGCAUAGCCCAUUCCGCGCAAGCUUAUCACGUUUUCAAUCUGCCAAAGAGACCACAUACCAUAUUUAAUCAAAUUCGACUUCUCUUCACUUCAAUAUCUCUGCUUUUUGCUGUCUUUUUGCUGUUGUGUAGAUAGGACGUGCAAAAGAAGCUUUUAAACCGUACUACUUUUAAUUUUGAUCCCUAUUGCCUGAGAAAAGUUUAGGGGGCCCCGAUAGGGGGGGACAAAUGUAUUGCCUUGUAUGGGCCCAUCCCUGGGCCUCUAACUCAACCCCUAUCGGAGCCCCGAAAAUCUGGUUUAGAGCCCCUAUAGGGGGUAGGAACAAAUGUUCACUGGAAUUCGCUUUUUUCUAUUCGUCCCUUACUAUUGCAAACAACGCCCCUUUAAAAAAAAAAUUUAGCACCUGUAGGGGCCCCCAAUCGUUUAAUAUACAACUGAAAUAAACAUUAAAAAAAUCACACUAAUAAUGGGUUCAAGAAAAGCUCUGGGGCCCCCGUCGGAGCCCCUAAAAUUUCCCCCUACGAGGGCCCCUUCAACUUUUUCAGUGAUUCUUGCUCAGGUCGUCGUCCAUUUCUUCGCAAGGCAACCGACGCCCUCUGCUUUCGACAAGCAAACGGGCAAUUAUCAAGUAUUGUCUAGAAAAUGCUCGUGAUGACAUUGGUAGGUUUUUUCUAACCUCUGGAAAAUCGAAAUAUUUCCUACAGCAAACCCAGUCAUCCAUGCAGCUUUCUUUUCAAAUAGGUUCCAUCUUUAUAUCACAUAGACAAAGUCGGAAGGACCCCCCGAGGGUCAUAAAGGCUGCUGGAAGAGUCCAUAGAAAUUUUCCUUUUAGAUUGAUGAAGACUCCAUUUUGCUGCUUUUUUGCUCCAUUUUCUCAGCCUUUAUGCACCUUUUUGCUGCCUUUCUCUUUUUUUUUACCAUUUUCUGAGCUUCUAAAAUUCCAGAAUAUAUUAAAUAAAUAGACUCUUUUUGCUGCCUUUCUGCGGCCUUUUUUGAGCCUCGGUCUGGUCAGCAGCUCUGGUUCUCAACUAGAUAAUAACCGCUUGGCAGCUAAGCUGCUCGGGCUUGUCUAUGCAAGGAGCGACAGCUAAAUUUUUAUGCCCGUCCUGAGCCAAUCUUUCCCUUCAAUUAAAUGUAGUCAAUUUUUCCCGAAUGGAAAGGCGAGGGAGACGGAGAAAAAGGCGGGACGCGAAGCGUGCGCGGUCUUUGGAAUGAACUCACUUCUCAGCGGUCGCUACCCGCUACCUACUUGCAUCGACCUACCUUUGCGACCGCCAGCUACUAUUUGGAGAGCUCGUUUAUCGCUUUUUCCCUUUAUUUUUUAACACGCAUUCUCCCAGAAAAUCGAACAAAUGCAAAACAUUUUGGUACAAAAAUUUUAUCUUUGUUCCUGAGAGCUCUUCUUGCUAUCAUAGAUAGUCAACAACCUCUUGAAUAUUUAGAACCAGGUUUUAUUAGGCUUCGCCCAUGGGCCCACUUUCAGGCUUACUGUAGAAAAAACACCAUAAAAAAACAAACUUUUUUCCUAGUGGAGCAAAUUGGUCCAAACUAAUUUUAAAACAAAAUGUGUUUCCAUUUGAACAUUUAUAGUUAUAGAACUGACCCGGAAAAAAUUUUCUUUCAGAAGAAAAAAAUUCAAGUUUUUUGAAAAAUGACGAUUUUCACAGUCUUUGAGUCAUAACUAGUACUAGAACCCCCGAAUGCCUGGAUUUUUAUUUUUUCAAUCGAAUCUAACAACUUACGUAAAGACACUACUUACGAAAAAAAUAAUGACUAAUAUUUUGUGAAAAAAGUAAGAAGGGGCUGCGUCCCGUCAAAAAUUUUUAAAAAUUCUGAAAAAAAAUAAGCUAAAAAUAAAAAUUGACGCUAGCAAUUGGUGAAAACAACACUGAAAACUCUCCAGAUGAUGAGAACUACUGGUAAGGAAGCAAAAAACGGUUUGGAAAAUUUUUUAAUUUUGUUCGACUUCGAGGUCGACCGCUUCGGUUGCUUGGAGGUCAACUGGAUCACCCGGAAACAGAGCUUGAGAAUAUUUUUAAAGAAUUUGGGAAGAUGUAACGGAUCAAUACAACGAAAAAACUCUAAGCAUUUGUGGUAUGCUAAUCCACUAGAGCCUAAUUCUUGGAAAGGACAGAAAAAAAGAAUGAAUCCGAAUAAGUGAAAAGUUGGAAAAAAAAAUUUCCUCAUGCUUGAGAGUCAUAACUUUUUGUUCCAACUUUGUGUUGAGUGGAUUGUGUCCGAUUGGCAAAAAGAAGUGAGGGAAAAUCCUGCUCCCAAGAAAGUAACUGAUUUUUAAAAAUUUAGUCAUUUUCAAGUUGGCCGCGUUCUCCGAGAUGGAGGUCAACUGGAUCACCCGGAUUCAGAGUUUCUAGACAUUUUUCCUCUACUCAUAAGACCCUAAUUGAAAAAAUAAAAAUCCAGGCAUUCGGAGGUUCUAGUACUAGUUAUGACUCAAAGACUGUGAAAAUCGUCAUUUUUAAAAACUUGAAUUUUUUUCUUCUGAAAGAAAAUUUUUUUCCGGGUCAGUUCUAUAACUAUAAUGUUCAAAUGGGAACAAAUUUUGUUUUAAAAUUGGUUUGGACCAAUUUGCUCCACUAGGAAAAAAGUUUGGUUUUUAUCGUGUUUUUUCUACAGUAAGCCUGAAAGUGGGCGGAGCCCAAUAAAACCUGGUUCUAAAUAUUCAAGAGGUUGUUCACUACCUAUGAUAGCAAGUAGUGCUCUCAGGAACAAAGAUGAAAUUUUUGUACCAACGGUUCUUCGAAAAUCUCGGAGAACGUGUGUUAAUUCUUCCUUGAUUUUUUCAUUUUUGCAUCAACAAUAGUAGAAUGUAUACAAAAAGACAAGCUUUUUAAACAAUCGGUGGCUCUUGAGUUGAACUCACCGCAAACGCGUAUAGGUCAUUCCGCGCCAGCUUGUCACGAUUUUAAAUUUCCUCGGAGCUAGAGAAACCAUUUCGGCGCUUCGCUUCGAAGCUCUCGGUGUGCCCCCUUGCGUGCGCCUUUAAUAAAACUCAUUAUUUCCGAACUUUGGAAUUUUCUUAUUUCACAAAACAGUUGUAACAUCAAAUUUCAUAUCAAACUAACCCAAAAGCUAUAUGAAAGAAAAGCUCGAACAGUCGGUUUCCUUGAUAACAAUUAAAAAUUAAUAAUUCAAUCUUUUUGAUUUUCUUUUAUUUUUACAAAUCCAGCACAGAAUCUGAGUGUGUAUGGUUGAGGCGAAAAAUGAAAUCAAUCCAUUAAAAACAACCUCGUAAAUUAUUAGAAAAGAUAGAGGAAAUUGAAGCAAUAUCUUAAUCAGAAAUAAUGUUUUAUUAAAGGCGCACGCAAGGGGGAACACCGAGAGCAUCGAAGCGGAGCGCCGAAAUGGUUUCUCUAGCUCCGAGGAAAUUUAAAAUCGCGACAAGCUGGCGCGGAAUGACCUAUACGCUACCCACCAUCUUCUCCGCCUCCCUCGCCUUUCGAUUCAGGGUGGAUUGACUGUAGAGAGCGUUAGCGCUCAUUCUCGUUCAAAGUAACAAACAAAUUGUGCUGCUUUUUUGAUUCAAACUACUCUAUAGUCUGUUCAGAUUUUGAAUGUCAAGUCGUCGCUUAAGCUCCGCCCCUAAUGAUGCGAUAAACCAAUCAGAGAGCGAGCCAUCCACAGAGUGUUUUUGAAUGACGUCAUUACACUUGACAUUCAAGAUCUGAACAGACUAUAAAGACAAUGUGAUUUUUCAGCCGAUCGUAUUCUGCGACGAGUGGGUGAAAAGCGUGACGACUUCAAGCCCUUUCUCGAUAAUCUGAGUAAAGUUGGUUGCUUUUCCCUUCUUUUUUACUUUCGUUAGAAACCAUUUUCGUGUUUUACUCUUUAUGCGUGCUCAAAUUGCAUCGUUACAGGCGCAGACAAACGACAUUGCAGAAGAAUUGAAACGAUUUAUAUUUCGCGUCUGCGAUACACUGAUGGAUUGUGACGAAGUUAUCAAGGUUUGCUUCACCAAAUUGUUGACCCGAGCAUCAUGAGUCAUUGGUAAUACACUGGUCAAUCAGGAUGUCGAUACAAGUAGGUAUACCGGUUAGCAACUUGAAUUAAAUCGGCGUUUGGUAAUCGGUUGUCGUUUGUAUGCGACCGGGUACUAUCUUUAUGCUGCCUGGAUACUACCAGAGAGGUAUCGCGAUGCUACCGAGUUCGAUUUCUGACGAGAUAAUGCUUUCUGGUACCAUGAAAGUAGCUAAUGAGUAGCUACACGGUAGCUACCCCACGAGCGGAGUGUAGGACAAAAGCGCCGUUAAAAUAGAGCGCCGGUCCGCAAUGCGACGUGUAUGUAGACGCCGCUUUCUUUUGCGUCGAGUCAGUUUGCGCCAAAUCGAUUUGCGCCGUUAUUUCAAACUUUUAGUUUUUCGCUCUUUUCUAUCAUUGUUUAUUGAUUGUGUAGUAGACAUUCAUAUACAACUCGAAUAAUUUUCGCGCCAUCUGUUUGUAUGGACUUUUCUGCCACAUUUUCGAAAAAAACUCGAACUAUUGUUCCAAGAAAAUGAGUUUAACGUUACGAAAAAAAUUUUUCUGCUGUUUCACGUCUGCUAGCUUUGAAACUCUGCCAUACCUUACGCAGAAAAUUUGCGACCACGAAAAAAAAAUAACCUGUACAAAACAAUCAAAGAGGAAAUACCAAAAAAAUGGCCUUUUUUCCAUCGCGAAAAGGGGCGGGGCUUUGCGGUCGCUAGGUCUGACCCUCAACCCCAAUAGGGCCCCUAACAUUUUUUCCUCUGUAGGAAGCCCUAUUUUGCCCGUAUAGGAACCCCAAAAACAACAAACCCCUAUAAGGACCCCUCAGAAAUUCCUCAGUGUUUCUUCACAGUUGUUGGACCCAACUGCUGGCUCCUUUUUAAAAUUCCAAACUACUCGGUUCUCUAUUGAAAACAAAAUUACUCGGUUCUCUAUUGAAAACAAACCGAGUAAUUUUUGACCGAAUAAAUUUCAUUACGUGAGUAUAACUCGAGGCCGAAAUUUAAAAAAAAACCGAAAACAUGUAAAUUUUUUGAAAUUUCAGAAGAAACAGCUGUUAAUUAUUUGAAAGCCCAAAAGUAAAAUUACAGUUGUCGGAAGACUUUGGAUCUAGCCAUGUGCAGUUCCGAACGCACGGGUUCAAGCCAGAUUUUUUCGCUUGUACUGCCGACGCGGUCACCACCGAGUGCACUUUUCUCGACCAAGCCACACAUACGCCGAGCGAGACGGCAGCCGCCUGGUCUCAGCUCUCCGCCUUUGUCUUCACUGCCGUCCGCGACGGCUACUACUCCGAGCUCCGGAAACAGCGCAAGUCGAGCAGCGCCAACCGCAGCCGCUUCUCUGUCGAUGUGGUUUCGUCGGCAACCGACGACGCUAGUCUUGGCGAAGAUCCUCCUACUAGCAACAAACGGUCUGUCAUUUCCAAGUGAACCAUUUUGCGAGUCAAAAGACACUCGGGAGUUGGUCGACCUGUUGAUUGAGAAAAAUUCUAGAUCGGCUUCCCCUGCAGAAGGCGGUAUAGAAACAAGAUCUGCAGCGAUGGGAGCAGCCGACGAGCAAGCUCUGGAAGAACAGCGACAUCCUUCUGGAAAUUUGCUCGUACCCCCGCAAAUUUAUUAA